GUCAAAAGUUCAUGACUCAAUUCGAAUAUUGUGUUAUUUUUUUUAUAUUCACGUAAUUUGAAAUAAAUUAUGAAGGGAAUACAAUUUAUAAGGACAUUUUGUUGCUCUCCGUUAAUUAAUGUUCCGUCGUGCUAUAGUAAAAAUACGUGUGUAGUACAAGUGAGACAUAGUGCAUCACAAGUAUUUUCUAAAUUGAAGAUUUUAUGUCCUGUAGCUGUGAAAAUUCGCAAUUUAGGUUUAGGACCAACUUCAAAGGAUUUCGAGGAACCAAGUCAACGAACGGGUCCACUUACUAAGUUACACGCCAAUGAAUUAGUCCUACACUUGAAUGACGAGGAAAGAAAAUUAUUAUUGAAUGCCCUACAGGAAUACGAGUCCAACAAAAUCAAGGAGGAAUUUGAAGACAAAUUAGCUGGUCAGAGAUGGAGAAGCAAAUUUGGAAGGCCAAGUAAAGUUCCCACACUAGGUGAUGUGGACCCUACAGGGACGUAUUGUCCAGUUCCAGAGGACUGGCUGAAGAAGAAAUAUGCUGCAACAGUUCCACCACCUACAACUAGGGAAUUAUUUCAUUUGUCACUAGCGAAUUCAAUUCCUUUCAUUGGGUUUGGAUUUUUAGACAACUUCAUUAUGAUAAUUGCGGGCGACAGUAUUGAGAGCAGCAAAAGCAGCAUGAGUGCGUACAUAACGUUAUCGACGAUGGCGGCGGCAGCGCUGGGAAACACGUUCAGUGACGUCAUAGGCAUCGGGUCGUCAUACUACGUAGAGCGCGGCGCGGCGCUGCUCGGGCUGGGAGCGCCCGCGCUCUCGCCCAUACAGCUCGACAUGCCCGUCAGCAGGCGGUUCGCCAACAUGGGCCGUGUAAUCGGGAUCACGCUCGGCUGUUUCCUGGGCAUGACGCCAUUACUAUUCAAAGACGACGAGAAAAACCCCAAAGAUGAAGAAGUGCAACCAAAAAAAUAAAGUAACAUAUACACACUUAAUGUACUUGGGAUAUCUACUUUAAGUACUUAACUUUAAAGUCGAUUUUCCAUUGUACUGUUUUUAAGUUUAUGCAGUUGAUUGUUAACUAUGUGAUAUGGUACCAUCACUAUCAUGCUGCAUGAGUUUGACUGACGUACAUCACAUCAUUCACGGCAUUAUGUUAUACGAAAUAUUUAGUAGAAUAACUGUUCCAUUAUGUAGAACAAUUAUUCUGUUAACAAACAAAAAAGAAUUAAUUUUAUAAUGGAGCCGUACUGACAUCCACUAUAUGUGUCGCUCAUUCAUUAUGGUGGACCCUAUAGAACAUUCCAGAAAGUAAGAAAUUACAACGUCUUGUUUUCUUGAAUCGUGCUCUAUACACGUUUCUAUGCAUAACUCGUUUUCCGUAGAACGAAAUGUGUAAAACUGAGUAGUGUUAAUAUGUACUAGUACUUUGAUCGUAUUGCCUAGGGACUGGCCUGGCCACAUGGCCUACAAAUAUUGGAGGUACGUGCAUGCAUAUCUCUCAAAAUGAUGACUGACAGUGUAUCCUCAAUGUUACACAUUUCGUUCAUAAGAAGAUAAGACGUCUGGAUC